CUCUAUCCUUGAUAAAAAAUUGAGCCCAUUUGGUCGAGCCCUAAUGGGGAUAUUCAAACUUUUUUUCCUUGUCUUGUUACUUAUGGGACACCCUGUAUUACAAAGCUGAAAAUCUUUCCUAUUUAUAAAUUAUCAUCGAGACAAAAGACUAUAUCAGAUUUAACAUUCCUAAUUGAGUUGAAAUAUCAGUUUACGAGAAGAACGUACUAAAGUGUGAGUCAUUACUGUCAAUUAAUUUUGAGUCAAUUUGUAGUUCGGAAUUGAGAUAGUUAUUAUCUUAUACUUGACAGAGAGUUGUGAGCUAAUACCUCUGUGAACCGUGAAGAAAGCAUCAGCUUACUUUACCUCCUUGGAAAAAGAGAUAUAUGAUAUUUAUUUAGUUUUCAGUAUUGUAAAAGUUAAUUAUGAUCGCUUCCAUACAUCCAGAUUUACUCAUGAUAUUAUAGAACAGUCAAUUAAAAUUCAUUGAAUGUUCAGGUCACAGAUGUCCAUCGCGGCUGGGAAUCUACCGCCGCCAUCAACAUCUAUAGUUCGAGUUUUCCAUAUUUACAAUUAGACUAACAUAAACAUUAAACAUUGCUGAAAUUAUUGUUUAAGAUCAAUUUUCAGAAGUUAAGAUCGCUCUAAAUUUUGUAUGGCAAUCUACGUUAAAGAACAUAGCAUGUAAUCGUCAUCAGUUCAUUGAACUUAACAAACUAAUAUAAAUUCUAUUGAAAUAGUGACCUCGUUAGUUAGAAGCAUAUUUGUGAGUUCUAUGUUUGUUUCUGCCAGAUCACUAAUAAUUUCCGAUGAUUUUUUAAAAAUACUUUAGAGAACAACAAAAUAUUGUUUCAUCAAUUAUUACUGAUAUUGAUCAAAUCCAACAACCAAUAAAAUACAUAGCUGGUUUAGAUAUAAGUUUUGUUAAAAACAAUGAUAAAGCAGUCGCAUCAAUGGUUAUUUUAGAAUAUGAAACAUUAAAUAUCGUAGCUAAAAUAAGUGUUAAUUGUAAUAUGAAAAUUCCAUAUAUAGCUAGUUAUUUAGCAUUUCGUGAAGCUCCAGUUUUUAUGAAAUUAAUUGAUAUUCAAAAAGAAAAUUGUCCUCAUUUAACACCACAAGUUAUUUUAAUGGAUGGUAAUGGUGUUUGGCAUCCACGUCGUGCUGGUAUUGCUUCACAUUUUGGUGUUUUAAGUGGAAUUCCAUGUUUUGGUGUAUCAAAAAAUGUUCUUUAUGCUGAUGGUAUUACACGAGAAAAAAUUGAAGAUUUACUAACUAAAAAAGCAUCCGAAGAAAAUCAAUAUAUUGAAGUUAUAGGUGAUAGUGGAAAUGUUCUUGGCUUAGCUUAUAAUGUAACUGGUUCUGUAAAAAAUGCUGUUUAUAUUAGUGUUGGACAUAAAAUAACAUUGACAACAGCUUGUAAUAUAUUCAAAUCAGCAACAAAAUAUCGUAAUUGUGAACCAAUACGACAAGCUGAUUUACUUAGCCGAGAAAUGGUUGGAAAAAUUUCAUAA